UUUAUAACAUUUCUUUUAAAGUGUACUGCAAAAAUCCAAUUUUUAAUUACAUGACUCAAACAUUGUGUUAAUUGUGUAUUUUUCAAUAUAAUUAUAUCUGAGACGUUCUGUGGAACUUCUUUGUGGGGCAGGAAUCGACUCACUAUUUGUGACCAGCUAUAUUACUUGGACUGAAGUUACCGUUUUCCUCUGUGCCAAGCUACGUUGAAAGGUCUAAAAUUUGUGUGUUCUGGUCCAUUUCUGUUUUAUCUGAAGAGCAAUACCUUUCUGUACUUGUACAUCAAUCAGAAAGCUUUGCCUGUAUCUCAUGAAACAAAGCAAGAAGAUUUUAUUUGUCUAAGGUUUAUUAUUCUGAGGUUUAUUAAAACGUUUCUUCAAUAUUUCAUAAUACUUGUCUACAAUCGGGUUUGUAUGUAAGAUACCUAAAAUGAAAUUGCUAAGUGGGAUGAUUUCUAUUACAAAUAAUUUAGUUUGGGAUUUUUAUUUUGUUGUUGCAUAAAUUUACUUGGUAAGGAUUCAACUCUUGGUCAUUUCAGUCGGUGCAGGGUGCAGCUGCAGCUGCCAUGUUGCCCUUCUUGCUAUUGACAGAUGCAGACGACGACUAAUCAGACUUUCCAAUUUCUCAUAUCUAUGGGUACAGUUUGAACCACCAAUCACAUCAGAACACCUUUUGAAGCGGGAUGGACAGUUGAGGAAAUGUGGCCUUCUAGCUUCAUUUUGAUAAUUUUAAUCAUAAUGAUGAUGUGUAAGUUGACAACAAAAUUCUUCAGUUUAUCAGACUUAGUUUCCGCAACCCGUGUACCUCAUUUCGCCCUCGUUAACCCUUAGACUUGUUAUUUGUUUUUAGGUUAAGCCCUAUGGUGCUACGUUGGGCAAAAUGGUGUGCAUCAACCGGCUCAGACGGCAACGUGGGACUCGCGCGCGCUCUUGGUUUUAUCAUGUCAACGACGGGUACUACUACCACAAAAACGCUCGAAAAGCACAAGUGAUAUACUUCAAAUGUAUACGUUAUGAGACAGGGUGCUUAGGGAGGGCACUCUGUGACAUGCAAAGGGGCUUUAUUCACACAAGGAACCACAAUGUGUGUAACCAGGACCCUUAUCUUCCCCUAGUAAGACUUUUACGCAGUAGAAUCCUGAAUCGCUGUAGGCGUCUAGAAUUGUCAACUUUCCGCCAAAUUUUAACUCAGGAAAGUGCAAGGUUCCCCAUUCGAGUACAAGUACGUGUGAGAAUGUCGAACAUGAGAUCUGCAAUGCAGAAGGCUCGGUUGUCUGCUCUCCCUCCAGCACCUCAAACUCUCCAUGAUCUAACUGAGAUACUCCAGGACCCAAGAUACCGAGUGAUAACUCAGACUAGUGAUGGCGCUGACAACCUCUACGCUCAAAGCAUCACUGCUGAUGAUGGGUCACAUCACAUACUUUUCAUCUCUAGAAGAAUGGCACGACUCAUGAAGAGGAUGUCUAUUCUGUUUGGAGAUGGCACUUUUAAAUCCUUGCCGGCCAUGGAGGGCUUAGACAACGAUGCAGCUCAGAUUUUUGCUUUAGUGGCAAACUGGGACCAUACCAUAAUUCCAUUAGGUUGGGUUUUGAUGGAAAGAAGAACCCAGGCUGCCUACACAGCUGUAAUGACUACUGUCAGAGCCCUUCUCCGGGAUUUGCCCAAUCUGGAGCGUUUCAUAUCUGACUUUGAACUGGCCAUUCACAACUCAGUUGCUGAAAUAUUUCCUAAUGUCACACUCCAAGGAUGUUUUUUCCAUCUCUUCCGAGCAUUCAUCAGAUAUGCAAAGGAAGAAUUGGGGAUGUUCCACUUGCUCCGAAGGCAUCCUUAUGAGAGAUUGGUCAAGUUAUGUUGUGCCUUGGCUCUUCUCCCCAUGAGACUAAUUCAAAGAGGUUUUAUACUUAUUCUGCGACAGGCCAGGCAAGCUGGUGGAAGAGUGUACAACCGAAUGAGACCGUUCUUUGCAUAUGUCUGGCGGAAUUGGGUUGGCCACCCAGUUCGAAGGGAAUGGAUGUGUGUAUUUGGAUCUUACCAUCGAACCAACAACACUUGUGAAAGCCACAACAGAGUGCUUAACAACUAUGUUGGGAUUCGUCAUCCCAACAUAUAUCACUUUCUUGUUGCUUUGGUGGCAUUGGAGGGCAGUGCUUUUGCUGAUUCGGAAGCUUUGAGAAUUGGUAAUCCUCCUAACCGGGGAAGAACAGCCAGGGCCAUUUCUCUGGACCGGCGUCUAAGGAACCUGGCAAGAGGAUUUGCAAACCCCCCUGACAAUAUCAAUGAUACCAUCUUACGCUACCUAGAAGCAGCUCUCCACUCAUUUGACCGAGCCUACGAUAGGGCUGUGGAUCAGGCUUAAAUCUAAUCAUCAAGUGCAAGAAACUACAGUCAAUAAUGUAAAUGAUAGCAAAUAGGAAAAGUGUUCUGCCUACAACACUCACCUGUGAUUGUGAUUUUGAUCCAGAAAAUGGAGAAAACCACAGGUCACAUCACUUUGCAAUGACUCCACUUUGUAUGAAGUAAUUAUAUGUGGUGUCUUACUUGUACGUCUACAAAAUAAUUACAUUUCUAUGUUGCUCUUUAGUAGUUUAUGUGAAGCUAUCAAUCUUCAAAGUGUGACGUCCACAUUCAGAGUGGAAUUUGAUUUUACCCCCUAAAUAGCAGUGAGCAACAACAUUUUAAAUAAUGCAAUUUUUUGAAAUUUGUAUUUAUACUCUUUCCUUGUCAAACUAAGUUGGUAAGGAGAUGUUUGAAGUGCUGUGUGCAGUUAUUAAAAUAGAUGCCAGAAUCUA